AUGUCACUCACCGUCUCCCAAAUCAUCAAAUAUGUGCAAGAAACCCAUCCCAACCGGUGGGAUGGUCCUACCAUUGCCACGACCCUAUCUUUCACAUGUAGAUUCAUCGUUCUAGGGAUUGGGUUAUUGAGAAUCGGUUGGCUGGUAGAAUUCAUCCCCGCACCGGCUGUGAGCGGCUUCAUGACAGGUUCAGCGAUCAGCAUUGUUGCUGGUCAAGUGCCUGGCCUUAUGGGUAUUACCGGAUUUGACACACGCUCCGCCACCUACCUCGUUAUUAUCAACACUCUCAAACGCCUACCGAUAACCACUCUAGACGCGGCAUGGGGUUUACCCGCGUUGGUGGGUCUUUACGGAAUACGAAUUAUAUGCGACUAUCUUGGCAGAAGGUACCCACGGCGAGCCCAUGUCUUCUUUUUCAUGUCUAUUCUUCGCAAUGCGCUUAUUCUGGUCGUAUUUACGAUUGCUUCCUGGCUCUAUGUCAGGCAUAGAGCCAAUUCGAAAGGAAAAUACCCGAUUAAGAUUCUAGGCAAUGUACCCAGAGGUUUACAGCAUGUUAAGCCCCCUACUAUCGACCCAGAGCUCGUUUCUGCACUUGGCUCUCAACUUCCAAUCGCCACCAUCAUUCUGUUCUUGGAACACAUCGCAAUCUCCAAAUCAUUUGGACGACUGAAUGGCUACAAGAUCAAUCCCAAUCAAGAACUGAUUGCUAUCGGCGUCACCAAUACCAUUGGGUCGGUCUUUGGCGCUUAUCCAGCUACCGGUUCAUUUUCACGAUCGGCUUUGAAAUCGAAGAGUGGUGUACGAACACCUCUAGCUGGUAUCAUUACUGCCAUCGUCGUUAUCGUGGCUUUAUACGGUCUUACACCUGCGUUCUUCUGGAUUCCCAAUGCUUCUCUGAGCGCAGUGAUCAUACACGCCGUCGCAGACUUAGUUGCAUCCCCGCAGCAGGUAUUUUCCUACUGGCGGGUGUCGCCCUUGGAGUUCGCCAUCUGGUUGGCAGCAGUUUUAGUCACCGUUUUCACCACCAUCGAAUAUGGCAUCUACGUCUCGGUGGUUGCUUCUCUCGUUCUACUCCUCAUCCGUGUUGCACGGCCUCGGGGAGGUUUCCUUGGAAAGGUUUCUCUGAAGAAGACCACAGGAGAUCAAGAAGAAGAACGCGAAGUUUUCGUACCCUUGACGGACAACGGUGUAAUUAACUCAGAGUUAACCGUCAUCCCUCCUCCACCCGGCGUGAUCGUUUACCGUUUGGAGGAGAGUUACCUCUAUCCUAACUGCUCUAUUGUCAAUGACGUUAUUGUCGACUGCGUCAAAACGCACAUGAGAAGGGGAAUGGACCUCAGCACAAUCAAAGUCGGCGAUCGACCAUGGAACGACCCGGGUCCGGGUCGUGGAAGAACUGACCUUUCGGAACAAGAAGAAAAUGCCAGAAAGCCCAUCCUUCAUGCCGUGGUUCUUGACUUCUCUGCAAUUUCGCAUAUAGAUACUACCGCGAUACAGAGCCUGAUUGACACAAGAAACGAAUUGGACCGGUGGGCUAACCACCCCGUGGACUUCCAUUUUGCUACGAUCCUUUCCCCUUGGAUCCGAAGAGCUUUAAUUGCUGGUGGAUUUGGCCUCUCUGGAUCGUCUCCUACAUCGGCCCCUCAGGAAAUAGCUGCUGUUGUUCCUUAUCGUGAUGGCCAACGAGACAGAAAUUCAGUCGACUUACGGGAACAGGAUACUGAAGGAGGGAGAGUCGACUCCGGAUCGUUAAGCUCUAAGAGUAGGAAGAUAUCCCGUUUUGAAGGGAGAUUCAGCACUGCCCUUCCCUCGGAAACUCCAUUCUUCCAUCUCGACCUCAUCAGUGCCGUGAAUGCAGCGGAGAGUGGUCUAGGUCGUUGGGAAUCUGUGACAACGUAA